AUGAAAAACUGGAUUAUACUGCUGGCUAUUGUCGUCAGCACAGCAGAAACACAAAGCCAGGACAUCUGUACCCAAGGGUAUCCUGGCAUCCCCGGCAAUCCUGGGCACAACGGCGUACCUGGUCGUGAUGGACGUGAUGGCUCAAAAGGCGACAAGGGAGAUACAGGUGAAACAGGACUUCCUGGCAGUCCAGGGAAAGAUGGUGCAGAUGGAGAGAAAGGCGAACGAGGAGCCAACGGGACUGUUGAGGAGAAGGGGAACAAAGGAGAUAAAGGAGAAAGAGGACGACCUGGGAAACUGGGACCAAAAGGAAUUAUAGGGUCAGUGGGUUACAAAGGUCAGAAGGGAGAGCUAGGACUGCAAGGACAAAAGGGGUUAAAAGGAGACAUUGGGCCAAUAGGUCCAAAAGGGACAAAGGGUGAAAUUGGCAAUCCUGGAAGAGUUGGUUUCCCAGGGCCAAUUGGCCCAACUGGUAAUCCAGGUCCUAAGGGUAAUAUUGGAGAUGUGGGGCCACAGGGUCAUCCAGGAAUUCAGGGGGAAAGAGGCUUGAAAGGAGACAGAGGAGAUAAGGGGAACACAGGUCCCCCAGCAGUCCUGCCAAGGAGUGCUUUCAGUGUUGGCCUUACAAUUGCCACCAAAUUUCCACCCCCAAAUCGCCCAAUCAAGUUUGACAAGGUGCUGUAUAAUAGUCUAAAUGACUACAACUCAGUUACUGGCAAAUUCACCUGCAAAUACCCUGGUGUUUAUUAUUUCACUUACCACAUCACUGUCUACUCAAGGAAUGUCCGAGUAGCUCUAGUUAAAAAUGGCAUCAAGAUGCUGCACACGAUGGACAGGUACCAGGGUGGAGAGGACCAGGCCUCAGGAGCGACCAUCCUUGAGCUACAGGCAGGAGACGAGGUGUGGCUGCAGGCUCACCAUGGAGAGACUUUCAACGGGUUGUUUGCUGAUGCUGAUGAUGAUACCACCUUCUCCGGGUUCCUCCUGUUCAGCACCUCUGACCCGCUGGAGCCGCUGCUGUCACCCACCAUGUAA